UUGGCCCGGUUCACCUGCGAAACUCGCCCUCUUCGAUCGGUCCGCAGAAACAGUUCCAAGUGUGAACGACUACCCGCCGUCAUGAAGGUCGUCACCUUCCUCUGUCUGGCGGCUUCUCUGGCAGCAUCUGUGGAUGCUCUGGAGUUACGCCAGAGGGAUGUGCCCGCUGUCGUUGGACUGGACUUCCAGCGCAAGCACGUAUCUGACCCUGUUACGCGGGACCGAGUAAGGAGGAAGCGCGACAAGACGGUCACCGAGACCCUGGACAAUGAGGAAACUCUCUACUUUGCCAACAUUUCGCUGGGCACGCCCGCACAGCAUGUGCGCCUCACAAUCGAUACUGGAAGCAGUGAUCUAUGGGUCAACACAGCGCAGUCGAGCCUAUGUUCUGAGAGAGCCAAGCCCUGUGCCAUAUCAGGGACCUAUGACGCAAAUUCGUCGUCGACAUACAAGAUCGUCUCCUCUGACUUCAACAUCUCUUACGUGGAUGGUUCAGCGUCAACCGGUGAUUAUGUGACGGACACUGUUCAGAUUGGCGGGGCCACUCUCAAGAACUUCCAGUUUGGAGUCGGCUAUGUUUCAAGUUCUGCUGAGGGUGUCUUGGGUAUCGGCUAUACGACCAAUGAAGUACAGGUCAACCGAAAUGGAAAAAGCCCUUACCCCAAUCUACCCAAAGCCAUGGUCAAUGCCGGUUUGAUCAAUUCGAAUGCUUACAGUUUGUGGCUGAACGAUCUCGAUGCGAACACAGGUUCGAUUCUGUUUGGUGGCGUCAACACGGAGAAAUUCCACGGCACGCUAGAGACAUUGCCUAUCCAGACUGAAGGCGGACAAUAUGUCGAGUUCGUCAUUGCUCUCACUGGGGUAUCGCUGAGUGCCAGCUCGGGUAAUAAGACUUACAACUCGGGAACUCUUCCGGCAGCUGUGUUGCUUGACUCUGGGAGCAGUUUGACGUACCUUCCGGACUCCAUCGUUGCCAGUAUCUAUGACGAUCUACAGGCGACGUACGAUUCUUCAAGCGAGACGGCAUACGUCCCUUGCGACUUGGCGAACCAAGAUGUGCACCUCACAUUCACAUUUACCAAACCGGCGAUCAAUGUCGGCAUGAGUGAACUCGUCAUUGACCCUGGCGAGAAUGCCGAUGGUUCCCGGCCUACCUUUUCCGACGGUACGCCAGCGUGCAUUUUCGGUAUCGCCCCUGCCGGUGACAGUACUGCAGUGCUGGGGGACACUUUCUUGCGCAGUGCUUAUGUCGUCUAUGAUCUCGCAAACAAUGAGAUCUCACUGGCGAAUACGAACUUCAACUCCACUAAAGACAAUAUCUUGGAAAUAGGCACUGGAUCUACUGCUGUUCCCGACGCUACUGGUGUGCCAAACGCAGUUACAAGCGUCAAUGUUGGAGGUGGGGGUGCCCGAAUUGGAGGACCAUCAGGUACUGGCGUCAUAACCUCUGGCGGCGUUCCAACCCAGACGAGCAAAGGUGCGGCUCCGGUGCAGACGGCAUUUUCAGGACAUAUGGCUGUUGGAAUCGCAGGAGCUGGAUUACUCCUUGCACUAUAGUAAAUUUACUGGAGUCUAUUUUACUACAAUGUACUGUACAUUAAUAUCUGGCCCAAGUAAACUUGGAGCUUUACUCUCUAAUGCCUCAGCUGUGG